CUUUUAUCUUCUUCUUUUUUUUCAGUGUGUCAGAACAGCUACUAAUUCACAUAAAUAUCUAUAACCCCCCAAGAAGAAACACGUUAUGUACACUUGAUAGUAAUUUAACAGAAUAUUAGUUGGGUCAGAAAAGAAAUCCAUCAUCCAAAUCACUCCAGAAGAAAGGAAUGGAAAAGCAGAAGCAGCAACAUUUUGUGCUGAUACAUGGUGCAUGCCAUGGAGCUUGGUGUUGGUUCAAGCUCAAACCACUGUUGGAGUCAGCCGGCCACCAGGUCACGGCCCUUGACCUUUCGGCUUCUGGAAUCAACCUGAAAAUGAUCGAAGAAAUCUAUACAUUUGAGGAAUAUAGUCUUCCUUUGCUUGAAUUCAUGGCUUCUCUUCCGGCUAGUGAAAAAGUCAUUCUUGUUGGCCAUAGUCUUGGGGGCCUAAACAUAGCUCUUGCUUCAGACAAGUUUCCUGAUAAAGUUCUGGUUGCUAUUUUCCUGACAGCUUUCAUGCCAGAUUGUAUACAUUCUCCCUCAUAUCCUUUGGAUCUGUUCUUCGAGCAAACCUCGGCUGAAGAAUUCAUGGACACAGAGUUCAAGUCUUUUGGUACCCCAGAAAGGGCCCAAUCUACUAUGUUUUUUGGGACUCAGUUGUUGGCCUCCAAAGCUUACCAACUAACCUCCACUCAGGAUCUUGAGUUGGCUAAAUUUUUGGUAAGACCAAGUUCAACAUUUGUUGAAGAUUUGUCAAAGGCAAAUCCUUUUUCCAAAGAAGGUUACGGAUCAGUGAAAAGGGCUUAUAUCAUAUGUGCGGAGGAUUUAGGGUUAACAAAAGAGUUUCAAAGCAUGCUGAUUGAAAGAGUUGGAGUCUCCAUUGUGAAAGAGUUGAAAGAUACGGAUCACAUGGCUAUGCUCUGCAAGCCCCGUCAACUUUGUCAAGCACUUAAAGAAAUAACUGAUGAAAUCACAACAUCAUGUACUAUAAACCCAUAGAUAGACUGAUUUUAAUUUCAAUCCAUCUAGUUUUAGUUAACAAAGUUUGUUCUUCAAUCUUAUUAGAACAUUGCUCCUGAAAUCUUGACAAGCUGCAGUAAGGAUGUAUCAUCAAAAUUCAGGGCUAUAAAACCGUCUUUAGACUAAAACCUAGAGGAAGCAUCUAGAGUUUUAUGUAUAAGGAAAGAAAUAAUUCAAAGCAUUUCUCCAUUAAUUCGAUCCUAAUAAAUCAUGG